AUGUUUAAACCAAUAGCCAAAUCAACACCAAUAGCCAAAUUAACACCGAUUGCCAAAUCAACACCGAUAGCCAAAUCACCACCAAUACUCAAAUCAACACUGACAGUCAAGUCAGCACGAAUAGCCAAAUCAACACCAAUAGCCAAAUUAACACCGAUUGCCAAAUCAACACCGAUAGCCAAAUCACCACCAAUACUCAAAUCAACACUGACAGUCAAGUCAGCACGAAUAGCCAAAUUAACACCGAUUGCCAAAUCAACACCGAUAGUCAAAUCAACACCGAUAGCCAAAUCAACACUGACAGUCAAGUCAGCACGAAUAGCCAAAUCAACACCAAUAGCCAAAUUAACACCGAUUGCCAAAUCAACACCGAUAGUCAAAUCAACACCAAUACUCAAAUCAACACUGACAGUCAAGUCAGCACGAAUAGCCAAAUCAACACCAAUAGCCAAAUUAACACCGAUUGCCAAAUCAACACCGAUAGCCAAAUCACCACCAAUACUCAAAUCAACACUGACAGUCAAGUCAGCACGAAUAGCCAAAUUAACACCGAUUGCCAAAUCAACACCGAUAGUCAAAUCAACACCGAUAGCCAAAUCAACACUGACAGUCAAGUCAGCACGAAUAGCCAAAUCAACACCAAUAGCCAAAUUAACACCGAUUGCCAAAUCAACACCGAUAGUCAAAUCAACACCAAUACUCAAAUCAACACUGACAGUCAAGUCAGCACGAAUAGCCAAAUCAACACCAAUAGCCAAAUUAACAGCGAUUGCCAAAUCAACACCGAUAGCCAAAUCACCACCAAUACUCAAAUCAACACUGAGAGUCAAGUCAGCACGAAUAGCCAAAUCAAGACCAAUAGCCAAAUUAACACCGAUUGCCAAAUCAACACCGAUAGUCAAAUCAACACCGAUAGCCAAAUCAACACUGACAGUCAAGUCAGCACGAAUAGCCAAAUCAAGACCAAUAGCCAAAUUAACACCGAUUGCCAAAUCAACACCGAUAGUCAAAUCAACACCGAUAGCCAAAUCAACACUGACAGUCAAGUCAGCACGAAUAGCCAAAUCAACACCAAUAGCCAAAUUAACACCGAUUGCCAAAUCAACACCGAUAGCCAAAUCACCACCAAUACUCAAAUCAACACUGACAGUCAACCAAAUCACCACCAAUACUCAAAUCAACACUGACAGUCAAGUCAGCACGAAUAGCCAAAUCAACACCAAUAGCCAAAUUAACACCGAUUGCCAAAUCAACACCGAUAGCCAAAUCACCACCAAUACUCAAAUCAACACUGACAUCAAAUCAACACCGAUAGCCAAAUCAACACUGACAGUCAAGUCAGCACGAAUAGCCAAAUCAAGACCAAUAGCCAAAUUAACACCGAUUGCCAAAUCAACACCGAUAGUCAAAUCAACACCGAUAGCCAAAUCAACACUGACAGUCAAGUCAGCACGAAUAGCCAAAUCAACACCAAUAGCCAAAUUAACACCGAUUGCCAAAUCAACACCGAUAGUCAAAUCAACACCGAUAGCCAAAUCAACACUGACAGUCAAGUCAGCACGAAUAGCCAAAUCAACACCAAUAGCCAAAUUAACACCGAUUGCCAAAUCAACACCGAUAGCCAAAUCACCACCAAUACUCAAAUCAACACUGACAGUCAACCAAAUCAACACCGAUAGCCAAAUCAAGACCAAUAGCCAAAUUAACACCGAUUGCCAAAUCAACACCGAUAGUCAAAUCAACACCAAUAGCCAAAUUAACACCGAUUGCCAAAUCAACACCGAUAACCAAAUCAACACCGAUAGCCAAAUCAAGACCAAUAGCCAAAUUAACACCGAUUGCCAAAUCAACACCGAUAGUCAAAUCAAGACCAAUAGCCAAAUUAACACCGAUUGCCAAAUCAACACCGAUAACCAAAUCAACACCAAUAGCCAAAUUAACACCGAUAGCCAAAUCAAAACCAAUAGCCAAUCACAUCAAUAG